GUUGUGGUUACUUAACGUUAUCUGUGAGUAUAUGGGAUAACUUCUGGAAAGAGAAGCCACCAUGAGUAUUGAGAUACCCGCUGGUCUAACGGACUUGUUGAAAGGCUACACGGUGGAGGUGCUUCGAUCUAGACCGCCAGACUUGGUGGAGUUUGCAAUUCAGUAUUUCAGCCGUCUGAGAGAAAGUAAUACUUUCCGUCCAAUUUCUCGGUCACCCGACCCUACCCUAACUGAACGCAAAGCAGUAUCGUUUGAGGAGGAUGCGCAACCAAGCGGGCUCAGCGCAGAUGAGGAGGACGAUGCGUUUUCCGAGGAACUACACUUUAAACCGCCUCCUCCUAAGUUCACCCGUCGAGUAUCAGUGUGUGCCGAGGCAUACAACCCAGAUGACGAUGUGGACGAUGAAAAUGAACCACGCAUAGUUCACUCCAAAACAGAUGAGCAACGCCAUAGGCUGCAGGAGGCCUGUAAAGACAUCCUCCUGUUUAAAACCCUCGAACUGGAGCAGUUCUCAGAAGUCCUGGAUGCCAUGUUUGAGGUGCUCGUGAAGCCAGAGGAGCACAUCAUAGACCAAGGGAAGGAUGGGGACAACUUUUACGUCAUCGAAAGGGGGGUGUAUGAUAUUCUGGUACAAAAGGACGGAGUCAGUAUAUGUGUGGGUAAAUAUGACAACAAAGGCAGCUUUGGGGAGCUGGCCCUCAUGUACAACACGCCGCGGGCUGCCACCAUCAUUGCUAAACAGCAGGGGGCACUGUGGGCUCUGGACCGUGCCACAUUUCACAGGCUGAUUGUGAAAGCUAACGCAAAAAAGAGGAAAAUGUACGAGGUCUUUGUUGAAAGUGUACCUCUUCUCAAGAGUCUUGAGUUGUCUGAACGAAUGAAGAUUGUGGAUGUCCCAUUCCUGAUGCUGCUGUGUUGA